AUGAAUACCCGCCAAUCUAUCGAUGAGUCCAUCGGGCCGUAUUCACUCUCAGCAACGUUUAAUCAUGAUAACAGCUGCUUCUCAGUGGGCUUGGACACGGGAUUUUGUGUAUAUAAUGCCAACCCUUGCGAGCUCAAGGUUUUGAGAGAUUUCAACGCAGGCAUCGGGGUGGCGGAAAUGCUUGGCCAGUCGAACUACUUGGCUAUUGUCGGGGGUGGAAAGAACCCCAAGUUUCCACAGAACAAGUUGGUUAUAUGGGACGACGCCAAACAGAAAGUGGCCAUCACACUUGAAUUCCGCACCUCCGUCCUCGGUGUCCGCCUCUCCAAAUCAAAAAUCGUCGCGGUGUUAUUGAACAGUGUCCAUGUAUUUGCAUUUUCCAACCCCCCGCAGAAACUCUCAGUCUUUGAGACCUCCGACAACCCUUUGGGGCUGGCCUGUCUCGAUAACAAGGUGCUGGCCUUCCCAGGUCGGUCUCCGGGCCAGGUCCAAAUGAUAGAGCUGGAGACUGGCAACAUCAGCAUAAUACCCGCACAUAGCACACCGUUGCGUGCUAUGGCCCUGAGUCCCAAUGGGAACUUGCUGGCGACUGCGAGUGAGUCCGGGACUUUGGUUCGUAUAUUCGCUACAGGGAAUUGCACGAAGCUGGCAGAAUUGCGACGCGGUGUUGACCACGCAGUGGUAUUCUCAAUUUCCUUUUCGCCAUCCAAUACUUUGCUGGCAGUAACAUCUGACAAAUCGACUCUCCACAUCUUUGAUAUCCCCCAGCAACCCACUGCUCGUCGCAGUCAGUCACCAUCACCUGCAACCGAGGAAGCACCUGCUAGUCACAAAUGGGGAAUCCUUGGCAAGAUUCCCCUGCUUCCUCGUGUCUUCUCUGAUGUUUAUUCAUUUGCCAACGCACAUUUUGAGAUUGGUGAGCAAGCCAACCUGGGCUCGCCGCAUGUGCCCCCGACCGGGUCAUCAUUUGGUCGGCCUCAAAAAGGCCUCAUAGGCUGGUGCGAUGACCAGACUUUGUUGGUAAUCGGGUCUGGGAAAGAGGGGCGCUGGGAGAAAUUUGUGCUUCGAGAAGGCGAGGAAGGAAAGAGAUAUUGUUUGCGGGAUGGCUGGAAAAGAUAUCUCGGUUGA